ACAUUUCCAUGCUACCUGAAUGCAACAGGCCCACGCUGUACUUCCCUGUUCCUGCUCCUCCCAGUUCAAAGAUGGCAGCCAUGGGACGGAGAUGAGAGACGACACAAAUGUAGGAGUUUGGUCAUGAAACCUCAUUGGGUUGAACAGCUGUUACAUGCUUUGUUUUGACAUGACAACGAAAGAAUUUGUCGCUGCCAAUGUGUCGUCCUGGGCUUAUAUAUAAAGGUUUCAAAUAUAGCAUGUUUUCCUGUGGGCUAAGCUAGCAAGCAACGGUUAGCAAAUAAAUGAACCUGUCUGUUCUGCCAAAAAAGAAGAAAGCAGCUGCUUUGCAUACGGUCGACUGACAUUUUGUAAGGUGAGAAUCUCUUGUUAUUAUUGUGGAAAUGAGCAAAAUUCUGUGUUGAGAGAUAAAGCUGCAUUAAUUUAGCACCACUGCAUGUGGCACUUGUGAUCCACAGUGACUUCUUGUUAAACGGCGAAAAUACCGUAAUGAUUAAAUAAAAGGUGCAAAUCUGACAGUGUAAUGUUGGUGGACGCUCCUAUUGUCAGCGUUCACCUCAGGUUCACGCACUCAAGGGGGCAUUUUAAUAACAACUUAGUUGCAUAAUUACCAACAAUACACAGGCUGGUUAUUGGUACAAUAUGUUAUUAUGCAGAGGUGUUCAUUUGGUUGUAAAAAGGGAGGUAUGAAUGCUUGCACUGCUCAAGUAAAGACCUGCUAGAGACAUGCUUUAAAUCCUGGUAUCCUGCAGCAGUACAGUAUGUCAUAUGCUUGAUCGUAAAUUUCAAUGCUGAUGUAUUUUCUUUUUCUUUCCACUAGUUUAAAGUCACCAUGGCCAUCACACAGUUUCGUCUUUUCAAGAUCUGCACAUGCCUUGCUAGCUUACUUUCUUUCUUUAAAAGGUUGAUAUGCAGGUGAGUACAACUGAGAGGCAACGUAAAGUAACCCUGAUACAUCACAGUGUGUUUUUACUUUUACAAAUAUACAUUUGCUAUGACAAAAAUAUGAACACAUUUGAGAAAUGUAGGGAUUCGCUUUAAGUUCACCUCUGAUCACCACAAAGGCUUUCAUUAUUGAUCAAUUUUACCACUAUUAAUAAUUUUGUUGAAGAAAAAAAUAGUUCAUUUCUGCAUUUGUAUUGUAUAGUAGCUACUCUUGGAUGUGAAAGUAGCUUAAUCUAGCAUAUUUGAACAACUUGGGCAAAGUGAUGCGUUGUCAGGAGUGUAUGGUGUCCUGGGGCUCCUUUGUUUGUGUCAUAUUACAGAAGCAGUCAUUCUCCACGGCACUAAGAGGGCAUAGCUCUUUGUAAGCAGAGUGAAGUACUGAAUGCAUUACUUUGAUUAUGCUAUUUAAAGUUGAAACAUUCCAUGUAUUUACCUAACGGAACUGACAAAACACACAGACCUUUUACUCAUUGUCUGGAGUGCAGCUUUGACAGCUAAGGCUUUAGGGCCUGGGUCUGGAACAGCUGUCUUUCUAAUCAUUUCAUUGGUGACAGAUGUAUCAAUUCAGUCAGACAACAGGAGCGCUGAUCCAGAGUAUUCGUAAACAACCAAGAUGGCAGCUUCAGCUCCCUCUAUGUAUACUGUGUGUGUGGUGUGCUCCUGUUUCCAGUCCAAGUGUAGGCUUUAAAUAUCUAAAGGAAACUUAAUCUCUUAAUUUCUAUUAUGCUUCAAGAAACUUGCAUUCCUGUUUGGUGAUCAUUCUUCAUGAGUGAGGACUGGCCUUUGUGUUUGAUAACUAACAUUAUGUUGGUGCUAUUUAGCAAACUUGUUCCUUUUGCCUUUUUCUGAAAUAAAUUACUAGGAGUGGAAGGGGGCGCAAGCUCAGUGGUGAUCAAAUAACCCUCCCAACAACAGUGGAUUUUUCUUCUUCAGUACCAAAACAGGUCAGUGUUUUGUCCAAUACCUGUAUAUUCACUCUCAGUGUCUGGAAAGCAAGUAGCAGUUAUUAUCACUGACCCCAAACUUCUUGUCUAAUUAACUGUAGGUUAAUUGUCAAACUCUGCUGUAUUUCCACUGAAAGUUGUUAUUUUUGUGUCACGUCUUCACAGCCAGAAAUUGAGGAAUGGAGCUCUUGGGAUGAAGAGGCCCCUACAAGUAUUAAGAUUGAAGGUGGAAAUGGAAAUGUUUCCCCUUCAGUCAAUGAGGUCGAUGAAGAACCCGACUACUUCAAAGACAUGGCUCCCACCAUCAGGAAAACACAGAAGGUAUGUGUGCAGACGAUACCGCUGAUGCAGCAUUAUUAAGGAAAUGUAAUACUAAAAAACCCAAUGGCCCAAAUAGAUGAUAUUAUGCACUAACCUCCCGCUAAAGUCUAUUAAAAGCAUCCCUCUGAUCAUGAUCUGAAGUGGUUCACAGAAUAGAAUCAAAUUUAACAAAAUGAGGUGUUUUGUUUUUUUUAAGUUAAAAGUCAGUGAAAAUAUGCUUUCGAAAUAUCUGUUGAGUGAUUUUGAUGCUCUUAUGCUCACUCUCAGUUAUUAAUCUUAAUAAACAGAAUUUCUUACUUGAAUGUGGUCAAAUUGUCAAUCAGUAAUCAUGAUGAGAUUGUCUUGGAUGAAGUGCUGUAGAUGAGGUGUUUGGCUAAGUCUUUGUGGUUUUCAUGUUGCAGAUAGUGCUGAAGAAGAGGGAGCCUUUAAACUACACGGUGCCUGAUGGCUCAGCAGGUUUCUCCAGCAGAUUGGCUGCCUCUCAGGAUAUGAUGUCCUUCAGUCCACCUUCAGUAAGUUAAAGUUUUAAAACACCUUAAAAUAUCAGACGUGCUUUCUGUUCCUCAAUUUUUUUUCUUUUUGAUUGGUACCAAGGGGAAUUCAACUUUGUCAUGCUGUAUUACGCAACAAUUUCUGCUGUUAAAAAUGCAGUUUUGCAAGAAUUAUGCCUACCAUUGUGAAGUCUGACAGUAAAACAGAUAUAGAUUCUCAGCUGUUAAUGCUCCUUUGGAAAGAAUGAAAUAAUAAUAAUAAUUAUAAUUCAAAUAAUCGUUAGGUGCAGCGCUACAAAUGUUACCAGAGAUGUGAAUAUUUCAGGGAUUUCAUUUUGAUGUCAGUAAAAGGCGGAGAUAUUAGCUAGAGGCACAGCUGUAUAGCAGAUGUUCAACUCAGUAGUCUUUUGUUUAAAGAGAGUCUACACUGAGAGCCCCCCACCACACUAGUUUUGCCUUUUAACACUCUGCCUUACAACCUCAGCGUGUCGCUGUCCCACUGUGUGAUGUCAAUUUCUGGUCGAUCCAGAUCUGCUAAUUCAGUCCUCUGGGAGCUUGAAGGGAACCAGCAUUUCCUCCUCAGUUCUGUCUCCUUUUAUACAAUGAAGAUGUUAACAUGAUACCAAAUCAAAUUAUGGGUUUCAGUCAGAUAAAGUAGUUGAAGCUCUUUUAAAAGAAUGUCAGAGGGUAUCUGUAUGUGUAUGACUGAAAACUGUCUCUUUAUACAGGCUGAGCUUGGAGAAAUGGAUAACUGGCAGGAAGACACAAAUGCAUGGGAGGACGAGUCUGAUGCUGCCUGGGAGGCAGAGGAAGUGCUCAGGUAACAUUUCAAAAAUGCUUCAGUAAUUAGACUGAGUAUAUAAGCGUAUUAAGAUGUGCACCUGUACCUGUUUGUCAGGAUAUUUCAGUUCUCCAUUCAUCACUAAUAAUGGACUCAGAAGUUAAAGAGCUGUUUUAGGAGCAAGAGAGUGAGAAAUGUGUUGUGCUGUGGGUGAAAUGUAUUAGACUUCUUACAUAAAGCAGUCUUCAAAUAAACAGGCUGAUCAUCAGUGUAAUCUCAUCAAAAACACACACAAACGUGUGUAUUAAUGCUGUCAUAAAAAGUAAUAUUUUGUUGAAAAGCAGUCCUAUCAAAGGUUUCAUGUGGUGGAUACUGGGCAAGCUCACUUUCUGUUUCUGCAUUUGCACUUGAUUAGUGUAAGUUCAAACUUUGACCAGCAGGUGACAGUGUAAGCAUGAAAUAAAUACAUGAGAGCAAAGAACAGGUUAUAUUUUCCCCACAUCCCGCUGACCUACAGUAGCUGCCAUUGAAGUGCCCUUUAGUGACAUCACUCUCAAUCCUGUGCUUGUCUCGUCUUUAUUUAUUAGACAACAGAAGAUGGCAGAGAGAGAAAAGCGUUCCAUGGAGCAGCAGAGGAAGAAGAUGGAGAAAGAGGUUCAGAGGAUGAUGAAGAAGGAGCAAAAGAUCGCGGUCAAGCUCUCGUAACAUUUCAGAACUGCUCAGUGUUGAGCGGAAGAGAUGAGGGGGCAAAGACUCUAAAUCAUUUGUUAAUCUGUCUUUAAAGUCAUUAAAACGACCAGGAUUACUAGCCUACACCCACCACUCAUCUGUUAGCAAAGUUUCCUCCUUCUCCACCACCCUGUUCCCACCAGCAGCCAUAUUAGUCUGUUUUCAGCUGCGGCAGAGAUAAGUGCAUCAUUCUUCAGGGCAGAUUACACACCUGCUGUAUCUUCUGUUCAUGUUGCUUAGUCAGUUUGUCUUCAAGGGAGAGCUGUUCUCACGUGAUCUGGUUCAUUUUGUCUAAAAGGUUAGCUGCAUCGGAGGCCCCAUGGAGAUUCCUUUCAAACUGUCAGGUAGCUUAGAAAAAUGUUGGACUCUGUUAUUUUCCAAGGAACAUCUGUAAAUAAACAGGUACUUGUGCUACCUAAUGUGACUCUAUUAAGGUGCACAAUUCCCUUUCUUUGUCUUAUUUAUGAACUUAAAUGACAAAGGAGAAUAAUUAAUUUUGAGCACUGUAUACCAGUGACAUCCCUUGGUUUGCUUAAUUAAUGUGUUUUUAUAUUUAUGGCUUUCACUGUCUGAUUAUUUCUUUUUUUUUUUUCAUUUUUUUUGAAUGAAUGUUGAUAUUUCAUUACCACCCUGUGCUUUGCAGCUGUUAGUAAUUUGGAAAUAAGCAUUAAAAUGAUGGCAGAAGAUUUUCUAUUGGAGUAUAAGUAAUAAAUGGCCACAGACUAGAGUGCAGCCCGUCUCUAAAUGUUAGCUGUGGGUUCCUAUGGUAAUCUCAUGGCUCCUGAUAUAUCAUUAAAACUCACUUUUAGCUUGUGAAAAUAUCCAGUGAUCACAGCGCUGCUUUUUUUUUUUUUUUUUUUUUUUUUGGGUUGGGAUUUGACUUUGCUCUUUAAUAGUUGAUACACUGAGUGAACAGACACAAGCCUUAUAAAAUAUAAACUGAUCCCAGGGCAGCCUCAGACUGGAUUUCCAAGCUGAUAAAAUGAAAAUUGAAGUCUUGAUUCUUCCUCAUCUUUUAAUAUAAUCCUGAUAGUUCAGGGUCAUGAUUGUGAUGAUAGCAGUCUGAUGUGCAUUAUAUUACAAUUACCAGCUACUACUGAAAGAUUUGGAUGUACAGCGGGACAAGCUGUUGUCAUAGAAACAUUGGCAGGUGAAGAUAGGUCCAUACAAAUCAAAAUGAGCAGACAUGAUACAGUAUGAACUCAGGUCUGUGAUGUUUGGAUAAUGACUCGGUUGGGUUUGAGGGGAAGUUUCACAUCUGGAUGCCAUGGUUGUUGAGGUUUAGCAGUUUCAUUAAAGCUUCAAAAAUGAUAAUUAAAUAAGGAUGAAAUGAUCUGUGCUGAUUCUUUCAGCCUGAGAGUUUCAUUGUAUCAGCAAUCUGCUCCUUUAAGCUUUUUUCAUUUCAAAAUCUGCAUGUCCUGUUUUUCAAAGAAAAGCCUCAGUUCCUUACCCAUUUUUCACUGAGUUUAAGACUUCAUGUUACCAGAGCUGUCAUGGUUGAGCACAAAAUCAAUAAGCUAAAGAAAGAGAUUUGAUUUGGCAGAUUGUUUACCUGCUGUAUCAGUCAGACAGGUUUUUAAUAAAAUGGUUUGAUUCAUACCACCAGAGGUGAAUAACUGCUCCUGAGUCUCCUGCUUAUGGGUUAUUUCUUAAACACAGUCUGAAUCGAACAUUUUAAAUCUUUCUUUUCAAUAAAGUGGAGGGUUUAUACUAUUUGCCAGGGUUAUUGACUUAUGUUAAAGUCAACAUUGGUGGCUGAAAUUAAAAUUCAGUAGUUCUCUGAUGGAUUUUUAUCGGCCUCUUUUUAACUGUGGUCUCUUCA